CUUGGAAAAUUCCUGGAUUUUUCACUUCGGGCGUGCGUGUAUCGAUUUUUCCCCGGCGAACCCGUAGCGGGAUUAACCUUGGAACCGUCGUGAUUUGGACGAAGCAUACAGCUCGCGGAACCGAUCAAGCUAGCAGAAAACACGCCAGCAACAGCAUCAACAGCCCGCAUCUCAUCGCACUCCGCGUCGACCGAGGAACGUCCCCCGAGAAAAGAGAGCGUAACCUCCCCCCGUAGUGCGUUUGUUGCCGCGUGUUUGUGCGUGCGUGUGUGUCUGCCGCGGAACGAAGACAAAGUAAGCCCCGCCGCGCGUCCUCUACAAAAAGAUUGCAAAUCACGCGAAAUCGGCCAAGUAUUCUCAAGUUUUGCUACUAAUUUCUUGCGGUUCCGGGAUCGACGGUUUUCUCCUUCCGGUCUUUCCGGACGUGGUCACCAACGACCGAGCGAAAACAAGAUGGUGGUAAAUGACUGAUCGAGAAAGCGGAAGGAACGGAAGGAACGGACGAUGACGGCGACCGCGAGUCCCGCGGAGUAAAUAAAAAUAAAUCCACUUCCGUCGUGCCGUGCGGAUCACGGCGUCGAAGGUUCGGCGUGACGAGAACGGGACUUUCAGAACGUGUGCAAAGGUAUCUCGAGAGUAGAGUUUAUCUGGUUUGCUCCAGUUGCCAUUCCCUCCGGACUCCGGUAGAAAGUAGGCGUUGGAAUGUAUAGCCAACCAACCAAGUGAUUGCGACAAAGAUUGCUGUGUACAACAACCGGUUCUCGAUCCUCCUGCUCGAUGCGAACAGAAGAGUAGUCCCUGGAAACAAGUGUACUGUAAAAUAUGGAGCAGCCGUGUCAGUCCGAUUCCUCUGAAUCCUAAUGCCCGCAAAACGAACCUUUUUGCUCUCUUCCAAUUCCUAAUCAAAUUGAACCGUACCCGGGGAGAAGCCCAAAGCGCCCAACGAUUCCAUGAAAAAUAGUUGUUUGUCUACCUCUCAUGCUCUACUUGGCCCUCCCGAAAUCCCCUGUCCUUUCCUGUUCCCACUUCCCGCUUCCCAGUUGUUCCUCCUCCGGUGGCCGUGGUUUGAACCGGUCUCGGUCAGUUGGCAGUUGUUGUCGUGAUUCCGCGCGUUGUGCAAAAGUAAAAAAAAGUUUAAAGUUUGUUCAAGUAGUUCCACAAAGUAUGUUUCCGAACUUUCGAUCCGCUCUACUCAGUAGAGCCCGAGCGCGAAACCGACGCGAAGCCGUGUGUAACAGUCCUGUUAGUUGUGAGUAAGUUCAGAGUCCAGUAGUGGUGUCCGUUGUAGUAGUUUGCAAAAAAAAAAAGGUAGUGAAAAAUCCAAACCCAAUGGGAAUCAUGGCACAAUUCGAAGCGAAAUCGCAAAGAAAACGAUGGCAACAGAUGGCCACGCGAUGGCCAGAGAUGGCUGCUAAAGAUGGCCCGUGUGUCCCCGCGGUGCCGGUAGUACUUGCCAACAGCGCCACACGUGUACGGUUAAUCUCAUCUCGGCUUGAAGAUGGAUAGCGAUGAUUCGAGACCUGGUUCUUCGGCAUCGAACAGCUCCGACUCGGAGCAGGCACCGAGCCCCGUCACAAAAGAGGAAGAAGAGGAGGAGGAGGAAGAUGAUGAUGACGAUGAGGAGCAGUCCGAUGGUUCCGGAUCGGCGUCCCGUUCGGUGUCCCCGGCUUCGAAUGCUGAGCCGAUAGGGAGCGCCGGUGGCGGUGGAGGUGAUGGUACUUCUGAGGGGGGAGCUCCGGCCGCCGAUUAUGGUGGUGUUGGUCCAGCCGAUGGGCUUGCGGAGCAAGGGUCACGUUCCAGCACACCGGACAGUAGCUCUCCGAAGAAUCCGCACGACGAGGAAGGACGUUCACGAUCAAAUUCCCUGUCCUAUCGGAGCGCCGACAAUUCGCGACAAUCGCAACCCAAGUCCCCCCAGUCACCAUCUACCAAUCGGUCGCGAUCGCCCAGCGAGGCACGAUCUCUCUCCCCGGAGCAGGGCGGUGAGGAGGAAGAGGACGACGGUGAUGGACAUCAUAGGCGGUACAACCGGUCACUGUCCAAGGAAUCGAACCACUCGGACAGUCGCUCAAGCAAGGGUCGCCAUUCACACCACCAGCGUCACCUUCACGGCCAGCGCUCGCUGUCGCGCCACUCGAGUGGCACCAACCUCAGUGAGAAACUGAAGGGAGAGGAGAUCUCGGACUGUGAAAUCGAAUCCGAUGGCCAAGAGAAGGAGGAGAUGGACGAAGGAGGGUCGAGAAGGAGAGAGACGGAUGAGAAAGAGACCGGAGGAGGAGGAGCGUCGAUGAGUCCCGGAGCCAAGAACAGUGCAUUGGACAUGAGCCACGAAGAUCUGAGCGACGUUAGUUUGGAAAGUGACAACGAACCGGAAGCACCCGAACCGGAGAAUGAAAGGGUAGCGCCAGCACCGAAAAAUGUCAGCAAAGGGGGCGCAGAGAACAACGAUGACGACGACGAAGAUCACGAUCGCGACGAUGGCCCGGGUGGUUCCGCAGAUGAAGAGGAAGAUGAGGAAGGCGAACACGAUAGUGAGACAGAAAACAGAAAGCGUCAAAGUCGCGAUCAACGGCAUGCUUCUGAUGAUGAAGAUCACAGUCAAACGGCCCAGGCCCAGGGUCAGGCUAGCCGGGAAAGGGCUGGGUCACCGGGUCGCGCCGAAGCAACGGUAGGACAACAACCAUCGGCUGAGGUAGAGAAACCGAAGAUCAUCGAUCUGCGCCAAAAGCUUGAGGAAAAGAAGAAUCAAAUGCGCAACCAAGCCGCGGAGAAGCACGCCAGUAAUGGUGGUAGUGGUGGCGGUGUAGGAUCGAUGCUCGAUACAGGCAAUCUGCUUGACAAACAGAACGAUGAAGAUGCGCUUGAUUUCGAGGCGGAAGAGGGCGAAUGCGCCGAAGUGGCGAGAGAGAAACCGUCAGCGGAUCGUAAAGGGGAUGAUAGAGAUGGGUCCCCAAGACCGUCGGCCAAAGGUUCAGAUGGGACGGAGGAUUCAAAGAAGAAGAAACAGGGCAGUGCUGACGGUGAGUUGGAAGAAGGCGAAGAGCUGGAGGAAGGCGAGGUAACCGAUGAGGAUGAAAAGCGUCCGGAGGAAUCGGAACCGAAGCCCAUCUGCCGAUUCUAUACCCGCGGCCAGUGCACGUGGGGUAUGAGCUGUCGCUUUCUACACCCGGGUGUGACGGAUAAGGGCAACUACACAAUGUUCGACAUGGUUCGACCAGUUCCGGUGAACCAUCAACCGGCCGGUUACGGUGGCCACUCGGGAGGGGGUGGCCCGCUGCAUCCUAUCGAUUAUCGGCAUGAACGGCCAGGGCUGCAUCAUCUGGCAGCGCACCAUCCCGUGAUGGCACCGUAUCCACCGGCCGUAUUGGCAGCACCCGUAGCACGGCCACCCAUUGCCGAACCGCUUACCGAGAGCGCUUGGGAGCGGGGUCUCCGCACGGCCAAGGAGAUGAUGCGCAAGGCAAGCAAGCGCAAGGAGCAAGAUAUUGAUUUUGAUGAUAAAAAGAUGAACCUCUCGCUGACGCAAGAUGAAUUGGAAAAGGACAACUACUACACCCGUGAUCGUGCCUCACCCACGAAUCUAUCACCACCAUUUGGAGGGGCACGAGCACCGGCAGCCGCGGUGGCACCGGCUUACGACGCCUACGGUGCACCACCAUCGUCAAAGUAUGGACGUCCAGCGGCACCUCCCGCAUUCGAGGAGGACGCGUUCGGUCGUACGACUCGCUACCGUGAACUCCCUUCACACCGGAUGCCACAGUACGAGGAUGAGGAUCUUUCAAAACGUCGCAAUCCGCGUGGUGGCGCCACCCGGGAAGUGAUUUUGCAACGGGCCGACGAGUGGAGCGAUCCCUGGAUGCGUUCAAAGUCUCCCGGACGUGAAAAGCGAGGAGGUGGACGAGGAAGGGAUCGAGCACGUAGCUACAGUAACAGCUCAUCAUACUCCAGCUCCAGCAGUAGCUCACGAUCGGGCUCCAGCUCGGAAUCGAGUCGUUCACCCUCACCGAGCGCGACAACGCGCCGAGCUCGCUACGACAGUCACCGAUCGAAGGAUAGCGAUCGGCAUCCGCCGGGUGGUGGCGGUGGUGGUGCAGCACACAUUCGGAAGGUGAUCCGUACACGAUCACCGAGCAUCAGUCCGAGGCGUGCAGUCGGAGGCCGUAAAGCAUCACCGGUCGUUGUGAAACGAAUUGAUAAACGCGGUCCCUCUCCUAUCGUUGUCGAGAAGCAACGGGUACUGAUCGAAAAGGGCGUCGCACCGAAACGCAAAAAGUCACCACCGAUGCACAAAGUAGCGGGUGAAAAGCGACGUCGUCGUAGCGCCAGCUCGUCCGGUUCGGGAUCUUCGGAUUCGAGCGAUUCGGGCUCCGAGAGCUCAUAUUCCUCCAGCUCCGACAGUUCGUCGCGCGAAAAGGCACGAGCGGCCGGUGGCAAGGUGAUUCGAGGCACAGCCGAAGGAAAAUUGGCCAAGGGAGCCGGUGGUUUGGCGAAAAAAGAUUCAAAGAAGGAUGGUGGUAAGGGGGGCGGUGCGCAAGUAAUACCACCGUCGAGCGCAGCGAUGGAGAAAGCGAAUGCAGCCGCCUCGAAGAAAUCAUCCCGACGGGAGGAACUAUUGAAACAGCUUCGGGCGGUAGAGGAAGCGAUCGCCCGGAAGCGCACUAAGAUAUAAAAGUGAGGGCCAUAUUGUACCGACCCAAUUAGUAGGCACACACAUACACAGACCCACAAGGUAUCAGAAAUCAGAGCAACAGCGAUAAACUACAGGUGUUAUCAAUAUCCGGCGUUCCACCGACAGAUUCAUUCCACGGCGAAAGGAGAGAUACAGCCUUUGUUCGGCUUUGUAUGAUUUCUUUCGGAUUUGCAACGGACAGACACACCACCACCAUCAUCAUCUACAAUACACUGUGGUUGUCCGUGGCUCAUGUUCAAUGUAUGGACGACCGGAAGGGGGGUAAACCGGCGACCGGUUUGUUUUUUCCCUCUACUUUUCUUUUUCUCUCUCCAUUAACUAAUUUCGUUCGCUUAGAAUGGCAACCAUCUCCUCGGGUUUGUUUGAUAUAGUUGACAUGAGUAAUACAAGCAAAUCCGCAGCAGCAGCAGUGGUAGAAGCAGCGACUUCGUAAACAGGAAUCCGCUACGAUCGUCGAUCACGACAGGAACAGAGAUAGGGUAAAUGUAAUAAAGUAACGAACAAACGAACUUUUAAAA